UUCUGCUGGGUGGGAAAUAUGCAACACUGUUUGCAGAUAAUUAAAUUGAAGUAAUAUUCAGCUAAAAAAUUAUUCCAAUCCCAAACUUUUGACAAUAUUUAAGGCAAUAUUGUGACACCAAUUUAAAUAUUAUGGACAUUUUUUUUGAAAUUCAGGCAAACGACGUUAAGAUUUGUACCAUGGCACCUAGUAAGACAAUUGAUUGGACAAGUUUGCCAGAAUUGGUGAAAAUUAAUGUGCUGCGUUAUUUGGAUGGCAAAUCAAUUAUGCAGCUUCUGCCCGUGUCCAGGGAGAUGUAUCGAUUGAUAGCUAAUUGCAAAAAUGCGGUGGGGAAGAUGCAAAUUCGCAUAAAUGAGAUUGCCGACAUUGCAAAAAUUAAGGAUGGUUCGUCCUUACCGUGGUCGAAUUUUCUUAUUAUUGCGGAAAGUUGUGACCACCUGAAAAAUUUACUGAAAGCGCUGCAAAAAACCGUUGGGGCAGGGGAAAUUAAAAAAUUAGAAUUAGCACAAAGAUCCAGAUGCACAGUGGAAAUUACGGCGAAUGAGUUGGACAGGAUCCUUAGUCCUGUGACGAACUUGGAAGUCUUAAUUUCAAAAAUUUUUGGAAAUUGGGAUGUCGAACUUGCAGUAGAAAUUCCGGGAAGGCUGUACAAUCUAAGGGUUCUGGAAAUUAUCUCGGCUCACGAGUUUGACCAGGUUUUGAAAGCAGCGCCAAAUUUGAGGUGGUUGUCCAUUUGGACGUGCGAAUACAUCUUAGGUUCCAACUCGAUAAAUUUUAGACGAUUCUGUCCAAUUUUCCCCCCACUCAAGGAUUAUGUGACAGCAAGAUUUUACAAUUCGCGGCGAGAUACUCGAAAAUUUUCCAUCGAGUUUAAGCAAGAGAGAUCAAGUGUCCCCGAAAAAUUUUGCGGAACUUUCAUGUAUGAGGAUGAAAUUUAUGCCUUGUACAGAAUCUGCGGUCCCGUCGGUGUUGGAAUUUUUAACGUUAAAGCGCGUUGGUUUUGGAGCGCGAGUUCAAAUUUGUAUCAAAACAAGGAAAUAUUGGGUGCGAUAAGAUCCAUCCGGGUGGGAAAGUGCGGUCAGGAUCAGCUUUUUCUAAACUUCGUUGAAAAGUUCGACGCCUUUCCAAACCUUGAGGAAGUUUCUGUGCCCAUGAGGGGGACGGAGGGGAAAGAGAAAUUUCUAGAAAUCUUGAAAAAAUUGGAAAUGAAGGGAUUAAAAAUUUCUCGAUUUUUUUGAGCCGAAUUUAUUACAUAUCCAGGCAGGCAAAAUUUGUGUUUCAAGCUUUGCAUACUUUUAAUGAUACUUCACAAGUCCUCAGCCAGGACGCAUGGAUAGAGAUGUCAUAAUGUUAAUUUGACUGCGGAUUUUAAAACUUGUAUUAUAGCAAAUAUGAAAAUCAUUGAAUAAAACAUUGAA